AUGGCUCAGCUGAGUGGGCUGUUUUUCACGGUAACCAUAACUUUGUCCUCCCUGUGCGAGGAGGCCUUCUCGCAUAGUCGCUCCUUCACCGUAGACUACGCAAACAACCAGUUCCUCAAAGACGGCCAACCCUUCCGUAUUAUUUCCGGUUCCCUCCACUACUUCCGCGUCCCGAGGGCGUACUGGAAGGACCGCCUGUUAAAGAUGCGAUUCGCGGGCUUGAACGCGGUCGACGUGUACGUCGAGUGGAGCGGACACGAAGUGGAGCCGGGAAGGUUCAACUUCGAGGGAGACUACGACUUGCGGGCGUUCCUGGAAGUCGUCAAGGACGUCGGCCUGCUCGUCGUCUUCAGACCGGGCCCCUACAUAUGCGCGGAAAGAGACAACGGCGGACUGCCCUAUUGGUUGCUGAGGCUGAAUCCCGCCAUGAGGUACAGGUCCUCGGACGUGUCCUACAUCGAACGCGUCGAGAAAUGGUUCGGCGUGCUGCUUCCCUUGGCCCAGCCGUACCUCUACAAGAACGGCGGUCCCAUCGUGUUCGUGCAAGUGGAAAACGAGUACGGCCACUACAUCAGCUGCGACACUUUCUACAUGCGCCACCUCGUCCAUCUGAGCCAAUACUACCUCGGCAGGGACGUACUUUUUUUCAGGACUGACGAGCCGAACGUCACCCUCUACAGUUGUGACGAGGUCCAGGGACCAUUGGUGGCUGCCGACUUCGGCUCGGACAAGGACGUCGACGUCAUGUUUCGAAUCGUCCGCAGCCAGAUGAGGCACGGCCCGCUGUUCGUGGCCGAGUACUAUUCCGGAUGGCUGGACAACUGGGGGCGACGCCACGCGCGCGUCGACCAACGCAUGGUGCUCUGGCAGCUCGAGAGGAUACUGCGGCACAACGCGUCCGUCAACUUCUACAUGUUCCACGGCGGAACGAACUUCGGCUUUAAGAACGGCGCCAAUCCGCCGGCACAGCCGACGAGUUACGACUACGGGGCGCCCCUGACGGAAGCGGGCGAUCCGACGUACACCUACUUCAAGAUCAGGGAGGUCCUGGGCCGCUACGUGGCGCUCCCGAAGGGGGCGCCCCCAGUUCCGGCACCAAAGUUGAAGCUCGGUGCCGUGAACCUCAACUCGUGCGCGCCGCUGGAAGUCAUUCGAGGUUUCUUGCGUAAGCAAGGGUAUGUCAGGCCCGUAGUGUCGCGCUGGCCCUUGCCGUUCGAACAGCUAGGUCAAGCCUACGGGUACGUCGUGUAUACAGCGAAGUGCUCUUCGUUGAGGCCCACGAGUCCGGCAGUUCUGACUGUGCCCGGUAUUAAGAACAGAGGCUACGUACUCACUGCGCACACGCGCGCGGUCAUCAGCAGCGAUCACCGCGUGGUCAGCACACCCGUUGUGGUACACCCCGGUGAGAACAUCACGAUUCUGGUGGAGAACACGGGCAGGAUCAAUUACGGCCCCUUGAAUCACGACAUGAAGGGAAUCAUUUCUAACGUCACGCUCGGCUACAACGUGCUUUCCGGCUGGACUAUGGAACCGUUACCGUUGGACGCGUCCCACGUGAUCAGGCAUCUGACUGACGUCCUCGGGAACUCGAGUCGUGGUCUACACUGCACCGCACCCGCUGCCUUCUUCGGGACAUUCGUGCUGCCCAAGGGUCAGAAAGCAUUGGACACCUAUCUAGACCCGACAGGCUGGGGAAAAGGCGCGGCCUACGUCAACGGCUUCAACCUUGGACGAUAUUGGCCAAGUAUAGGGCCGCAGGUGACCCUGUACGUCCCUGGUGUGCUGCUCCAUCCGUACCCGAAGAUUAACACAAUCUUGCUUUUCGAGACCGAGUACACGCCACCGGGGAGUCGGACUGUUAGCUUCGUGGACGUUCCCAACAUUGACGGUCCCGUUCCUGGCGACGCUGUGCGCUUCACGGAAUAGCGAUCUACUU